UUCUUCCUAUUUUCUGUAUUUUCUGGCUCCAGUUUGUAGCAGAGCCGGCGUAGGAUACACUGCAGAGCGCUUGGACCACUUGGCAGCGCGCUCUGAGUCAAACAUCGACCCAUUCUGCCAUCACCUUCAACGGGUAGCGUCGUAACGAGCCUUUCGCAGCGACGCAGCAGCUCAUCCUGCAACGCGUCGCUUGUUUCUGAACUUGGAUAGCUCGGUGUAGUUGCCGACGAGCACAACUUCGAACUGAGACAGCGUUCCGUCGACUAAAGACAUCUGCAUCACCCGCGUUUUUUUCUUGCUCUUGUAUAUCAUCACUCAGGCUGAACAAUUUCGUGGCUAGUCAUAUUUUUGACAAAAGCUAUUCUAUAACCGCUUGCCACCCAAGAUGCUUGCUUCACCUGCUACAGCGGUCAGGUUGGGGAGCAGCCGCUCUGCGAUGAGCGACGGAAACCUCUCUGAUUACGACCCCCCAGGACUGCGCGCACCGCGUCAUCAGCCCGUCCCACAGACACAAAAGUUCCCGCAUACACGCGCACAGCUAGCUCUCCUUGCGCGAGAACACCGCUUCCGUUCGAGUUCGGACGGCGGUGGGGCGGGCAGUGAGAGCAGCGAUGCAGACCACAAUGCUUACGAAGAUGAGCCGGAGAACCGCAUUGGCUCGGAGCUGGUGCGCCAGGUCGCGGCCUUGCUUGACGAGGAGAAGGAAGACGAGCUGAAGGAGCUGCUGAAGAAGACAUUUGAAAUGGACGACGAGGCGACUGAAGCACCUAUGCUCGAAUUGAUGCAUGCGCACAAGGACGAUAUCAGCGGCGUGCCGUUUCUCUUCCUAACACCGACGCGUCGCCCUAUCUCCCGACCAUCUUCGCGCACAUCUAAUCAUUCAUUUCGACUUGCACCUGGUCCUCCGCGUGCAGAUUCACCAAGUUCUGUAGCUUCUGCGCCGAGCUCGCCUUCUUUGCUUGGACCCGGACCUAUUCGACGUCCCCAUACGCCUGUGAUGUCUCCACUUGCAACGGGACAUAGUAGUUCGUCGUAUAUGACCGCAACUGCAAUGGUGCAAGCAACUAGUUCACCGAGUACGUCACCGACGUUCCCACAUAACACGGCACCUGCGUUUCUCGCAACAAGCUUACCUGCUAGUCCACUCUCGUCUCCACGGAUGCUAAACGCAAAGGCUCACGAAUUCAGGCCAACACCCCGCCCGCUUUCAGCUGCAUCGUCAAAUCCGGGUACGACGGGCGGUUUCGCAGGAAGACGUACUGAGACUCCUUCUCCUGACCUUUGGGCACACGGUCCUGGUUCGCUGAGGGGAGCGUCAAGGCUUGCAAUUGCCAGUCCAUUGAUUCCGGACAACUCGCUUUUACCACCUGGAACACCACCGCGUGCGCAUACUCCGACAUCGCCUCUUCGGAUAUCGUCGCAGGUUGGAGAAGAAGAUGAAGAAGAGGAUCCCUUCGAUCCGUUUGCCCCAUCCAAGAUGAAUUCGGCUCCCACUUUCCAUUCUAUCAGUUCAUCCACAAAUUCUACGGAAUUUGAGUCGAGCUCGAGUGCAGCAGAAGACCCUGCUGCACUUUGGGGAGGUGGAGCAUAUCCUCACCCUUCGUUGUCCUAUCCUGACAUGUUCGGUGAAUUCGAUAAUGUUGAUCCACUGUAUGGACCACAUUUCGAUCCACAGCAAAUGCAGGCUGUUGGCAAUGGAAACGGCAACAACUUAGGAGAUGGAACUCCAGAAAUGGACUCGGAUGCGGCGGCUGCACUUACAGAUGGUAUGACACCUUUUGACGUGCUCACAAGUGUAUUUGGCUCGACACUCGCACCGAGUGAACUUGAGGAGGCACUUGCAAUGAACGGAUACGACUUCGAGCGUGCCAUGCAGUGGCUCGUUGAUCGUACUCGCCCUAGCCCACAGUCAGGAGGGCAACGACAAGGUCAGCAAAACCUUAUAUAUGCAGGCGGCGGUGUGCACAUUGUUCCGCGUGGACAGGCGGGUUUGUUACGAGGUGGUCGAGCAGGCUUUAAUCCCAAUGCACGAGGCGUUGCAGGGAGGUAUGGAAAUGGGACGGGACGCCCGCCGAAUCAAGGAAAUAAUAGGGUGUGUCGGUAUUUCCUUGCUGGGGAGUGUAUGCGUGCGGAUUGUCGAUUUAGUCAUGACUUGGAUAGAGCAUUGUGCAGAUUUUGGCUCCGAGGGACUUGUGCGAAAGGCGAGACUUGUGAAUUCCUACAUCACCUACCAAACGAAGUGGACAUGCAAGGUCUCCAGAAUGCAAUGUCUCAAACCAGUUUGAACGACGCAGCUAAGGUAGCACAGGGUCCACCGGGCGAACCGGUGCAAGAUGACUUCCCGACAUUGGGACACGAGAAUGCACGCGGUGUCCGGCGCGGGUUUGGGCACUAUGGCGACCGUGCUGGAAAUAGAGGGUACCAUGAUCCUAGCCGAACGCGCUUUGCGGCCGCUGUGAAGAAGGUGCCAACGCAGUUUGCUGGGGCAUCGGCUGCGGGUGCGGGUGCGGGUGGGUUGGCAGCGCAAAUGGCGAAUCGGAGGGAAGCGAAGGCGGCGUUGGGUGAUAGUGUGUUUUCGAGACCGACGGUCGUUGCGCCUCGUCCGUCGCCGCGGAUACGGUUACGUGCGCCUGCUUUGUUGCCGACGUUGUCGACUGGAGAGUCGAUUAAUGCGUUGUAUAUGGCGUACCGCUCGAGGGCAUUGCAGCUUGGUGCAGCGCGCAAUGCGUGUUUGUCGCGUGCGGCUGAUGCGUGGCGGAGGGGUGACGGUGCAGCUGCGAAGCGGUUUUCGAGAGAAGGACAUGAUUUGAAUGCAAAGAUGGGUGCUGAGGCUGCAGACGCUGCUAUCAAGCUUGUACGUGAACGAGCAAAGGAAUCUGAAGCUGCUGUACGUGCACGAGACGCUGCGUGGUCGACAGAUCCUGCGGAUCGAUCGGUUCGCGGUAAGGCGUGUGGUGGUGGCCUAGGCGUGUUGCUUGGUGUUGUUGGGAAGGAAGUGGGAGAAGAGAUGGUGAAGUUGACUCAAGAGGAACGCACGGAAGCUGCACUUGACUUACACGGCUUGCAUUCAAACGAGGCAACGGAAGUACUUGAGGAGUUCUUGCUUGCUCUGGAAAAGGAAAACUUCUUCGGAUUAGCGUUCAUAAUCGUCGGCGAAGAAAAGCACACGGGGACGCAGGAUCCAGGACGCGGUGCGUCGCGUGCUCGGCUGGCGACCGGAAUUCGGGAGUGGUUGCAUAAUUGGGGAUAUCCGUGGAACGAACGGGACGGGAUUAUUUGUGUGGACCCGCUCACACAUAUGCAAUGAAACAGACUGGAUGGUCUCAGGUCCUCCGCAGCAGCAGCGGCAACAGUAGCGGUGGGACGCUGGGACUCACGGCGGCCAAAUAUGCGCGUGUGCAAAGUGGAGACCUGGUUCCCUGUUUACCCGAUUAAUUAUUCGUUUUAUUUUUUCUUCUGCGUUUCGAGCCCUCCCUUGGUUUCUCUUGUGCGAUGGACUGGUACUUUGAUGACGAGACUCCACCGGGAGGACCGAUACCGAUACCGAUUUUGCGCGUGCAAAGGGAAAGGGAGGGCUGGAUGUCUAAUGUUUCAAUGUUCGAUGUGCCUGGUUAAUAUUUUCCUGCUCAUUUAUUUGUUCGCUUGUUUUGAUUCUUUUUACUGAUGAAAGGUGGAUGGGUGAUUAUAGAGGGUGGAAGGAACAAAGAGUAUACAGGAGAAGAAGAGGAUAGAUAUGAAAAGAAAUGUGAACUGUGUAGUUAUAUGAAAUGAUAUAUGCCUCAGGACCUUUGCU